AUGACGCGGACUUCUACGUGCAUAUACCACUUUCUUGUUUUUAGCUGGUAUGUCUUCCUCAAUUUUCAUAUCUCACAACAAGUAGGGGAUCCGCGGAAAUCCAAACUCUUUAUAAAUGGUGGACAAUGGAAGUACCUGACAUUCCUGAAUCUGGUAAAAAAUAGAACAGCUGGCUUUGACAUUUAUCAAACAUGAGACUGUAGGCAACUCUUGCAGGCCAUUUUCUAUGGGGUCGCCUGCCUGGAAGAUGUGCUGAAAAUAACUACAGGAAAAAAAGACAUUAAGUUCGUAACUGCCUUCAGAGACCUGCUUUUCACCACACUGGUUUUUCCAAUAUCCACAUUUGUAUUUCUGUCAUUCUGGAGCCUCUUUCUCUAUGAUCGAGAACUCGUGUACCCUAAGGCCCUGGAUGAUAUCUUUCCAGUAUGGUUGAAUCAUGCACUGCACACAUUCAUAUUGCCCUUCUCACUGGUCGAGGUCAUCCUCAGGCCCCACUGCUAUCCACUGAAGAAGAAAGGACUCACCUUGUUGACUGCUGCUAUCGUUGCUUAUGUCAGCAGGGUUCUAUGGAUCUACUCUGAGACGGGCACGUGGGUAUAUCCUGUGUUUGCCAAACUCAGUCUGAUGGGUCUAGCAGCCUUCUUCUCUCUCAGCUACAUCUUUAUUGUCGGCAUCUACCUAUUUGGAGAGAAGCUCAACCACUGGAAAUGGGGUGACAUGAUGCAGCUGAGGAAUAAGAGGAAGUGAUUAGAAGCCAUUUUCCAAGAACUGAGGACGAAGAAAACACAACAGUUUUUUUCAUCUUUUCUUUUUUUUCUGGUGGGAGGGGGUAGAAGCAACAUAGGAAGGUAUAAAGGACAGGGAAUGAUAUUUUAAAUUUAAUAAGAAGGUUAUAAAGGUAGCUUAAUUUGAGGACUCUUGGUUCUUUGAAGCUUUUACUGGACGUGCCCAAAACAACUCCUGCUGUCUCAGAAUUUGUUACGUUUGUCUGACCUCUGUGGAGGAUGGUCUGAGGUCAAAUUCUGGCCAAAGAAACUCACAAAAUGUGGUGUUAGAGAAAGUUUAGAGAGAAAAAGGAACUUAGGAUCAUCUAAAUUCUUCACUUUACAGAGGAGAGUGCUGAGGACCUUGAUGAGAAGUUACCUGCAUGAGGCCAAAGAGUUAGUGUCAGAACCAAGACAACAGCUUUUGUCUCCCAGAUCUUCUAACUCCCAGUCCUGUACCAUUUUUGAAAAAAUCCCAAUUUUCCUAAAAUCAAACACUUUCAUAAGUUAGUUAUUUUUCAUGGAUUGCUCAUAUAUAUUUUUUCCUCAGUCUAGACGGAAAUGUAGGAAGAUGGAUGCUACUAAAGUUGUCUGUCUACCUAGUAUAACAGCAAAUUAGCUGGGGCAGUGAAAAAAUAAAUCCCAGAAAAUAUUGGGAAAUCUGUUCUUCUUGUGAGCAAGCAUUUGAGGAAAGUAAACA